GUGACAUUUGGUGGACCUCCCCUCACAUUGAUUGGCAAAGGAGACAAAGGAAGUCUCCUCACUCCUCUCUACCCCAUUAUUUCGACCACCAUAUUCAAGGAAGAGAGGAAACCCUCUUCAAAUCAUCAUCCUCCAUUGUUGAAGCAAGCUCAAACCAAGGAAGCUCCAAAUAAGAAGAAAGAGUGGGAAAAGAAGAGAAUAACCUUGAUAUAUUAAGGAAUUUUACCAAGGUAUUCUAAACUUCUCAAGGAACCUAGGAGUGGCCGGAAAGUCGCCGGAGCCGCCGGAGUUUUCGCCGGAAAAUUCAAAGGUCGCCGGAGUUCAAACAAAGGGGAUAAAAACUCGCUAGCGUCAUUUCAAGGUUGAAGCUAGAGCUUACUUCCUGCACCCGUUGCUCGGGAGAUCGAUGGAGAGAAGACGUGGUUCGUGCUUCCUCUGGUUCUAUUUCUAAAUAAUUAAAUAAUGCUCAUGGAACUAUUUUGACUUAUAAAUUAAUGGAGCCUGCGAGCUCUUGUUUUACCCUUGUGUGGGUUCUUAUUAAACACUUAUAUUCCGCUAUGUGUUUGAUUGUAUGUUGAUGUUGUUAUGUAUGUUUACUAAUCGGUUUUGGCAUAUGUAUCUAUCGGAUGUCUUGUGCAAUUCGGUAAGGAUGAGCUGCGGUUAUUCUUAUUGGGUUGUACGACGGUUGUCCACGUGGCACAGACGCGGUCUGGGGCGUGACAAUUAAGUGGUAUCAGAGCCAUACGAUUUCUAAACUAUAUAGUCAACCUCUCAACAGAGUUUCUAUCAAAACAAUUUUUCAAUGAAAACCAUGAGCAUAAGUUUGUACUUUAAGAGCAUUUGGUCAUCGAGUUGCAAAGUCUCUGGUUGUUAAGACGGGCCCCUUAACAAUUGGUAUGGCAGUGACUUGAGCCAAGUGGUGUCUUGAGUACGUUUCUGUCAAUUGACAUUCAAACGAGUCCAAAGACUCAUUCCAACAUAUUCUUUCAGGAAUGGGUGGUAGUGAUAGGGCGGUUCGAGGAAAUCCGAGAGGGCGCGCACCGGGGAUAGCCGGGCAAGCCAAUCGGGGAAUAUCAAGGUCGCGUAAAAGGCGAGGUAUGGGCAACCAAGGCCCACGAACACGAGCCACGAUGGCUGAUCACAAUGUGACUGAAUUCGAGUCGUGGAACUCGGAGGAUGACUCAACUUAUCACCCUGAAAGCGAGUCAGAUGAAACUUCUUUUCAGGAAAACAGUGGAGAGGAUAUACAAAGUAUUCCUCCUGACCAUGUUAGUGAGAUGUACCGAUGGUACCAACGUGAAAGGGGAAGACAACGACAGGGAUCUCAGGAGGGACAUGUCAAAGGCGAGACCUCUCUCAGGAGGGGUCGGGGUGCUCAUAGAGCACAAGUUAGGACAGUCAGAGAUUCUGAUGACGAAGGACCAUUCAUUAAGAUCUCAAAGUACCUCAAAGAGGCUAGAGCCUUGGGGUGCAAACCAUUUGAUGGGACGGGGGACAUAUCAGAAGCAGCCGAGUGGAUAAAAAGGUUAAAUGAUGCAGCUGAGGACAUGCAGGUGGUCCCUGAAAGAAAGUUAAGGGUAGCCACUAGAUUAUUGGAGGGUUUAGCUUCUACUUGGUGGGAAGGCACCAAGGGUAAGUUUGACGGGGUUGUCACGUGGGACAACUUCGAGCAAGCAUUCUAUGAGCAGUUUUACACCUCUUUCGAAGUAAAUCGAAAGAGGAGGGAAUAUAUCGAUCUCAAACAGGGAAAUGAGUUUACGGUGAAGCAACUGGAACAAAGAUUCCGACAUCUGGCAAGGUUCUUGCCUGAGUAUGCCGCAAAUGAGAACCGAAUGGCAAACCAUUUUUGGAAUGCACUCAAUUUGGAAAUACGCGAAAGAGCGACCUACCAAUUCAACAUGACUUUUAGUCAAGUAGUAGCACAAGGUCUCCAGGGGGAGGAGCUUUGGAAGGAAAGGCAAGCAAGGGAUGCAAAGGAAGCACAAGAAAGAGAUCAGGUGAUCAUUCACCCUCCACGACGAGAGGGGAAGUAUGAACUUCAGAGCAAGGGGAACUCUAACAAGUUAGUUCCGUUUUUCAGUGAGAGCCAGGACUUGGUAAGUCAAAGCUCAAGCACUCGAGGCACGGGGGCACCCAAAUGUGAGAAUUGUAGGCGAAGGCACUACGGGAGAUGUCGAGAGCCAUCUAGGUGUUACUUUUGUGGAGAAACAGGCCACAUCAAGGUCCUUUGUCCUCAACGUACGCGUGAAGGAACAUCAGGAGCUAGAGGAGGGGUCACGGGGGUUGAAAACCCAACUAGGGUUGCCUCAAACAUGGUACCUUCUACAAGUCAAUGGCGAACUCGCUCGUGAAGGCCGGAAAUGGCGGGAGCCAUUUGUUGGGCCUGACUAUGGCAUAAGGUAUUAUUAAAUUAAACCUAAAUUUCCAUAAAUAUUUUUAUUUUCAAAAUUGUUAGCUUCAGAUAAUGAAGGGAGAAAUGCUUCUCAAGGUUCAAACGUUAAUUUCGGGGACGAAAUUCCUGUAAGGUGGGGUGAACUUGUAACACCGGACCUGAAUUCUUUCUGUGAGAUUUUUUUUUUUCAUCAAGUACUGGGUUAAAGAAGGUAAAUCAAGACUAAGAGUAGUCUUGAUAAAUGACAAAGUAAAAAAAGUUGUCUUAAAUUAAUAAAGGGUUAUUAAUUUAGACGUGGGGACAACUCAUGAUAUUUCGAGUUUGUAAAAUAUUAAUGUUUAUCAAAAUGAUACUAUUAUAAUAGUAGGGAUGGGUCAUGGACCCCAGUGAUAUAAAGAACAACAACUAGACGGCCAAGCGGGCCGGGGUCUCGAUCCGAUAAUUGUGAAUCAUUAAUCAUCGGACUGAUAAUAAUUCAGAAGGCUACUAAUUAAUAAAAGAUGAAAUAUAAAUGUUUUAAGAACCUAAAAUAAUGGGAUGAUAAUGUAUGAUUAAAUUGACAUAUUAGAGGUGGGUACUUUUGGAGGACCCUACCUCGAAGAUAUUUUCGUAUAAGAAUAAACAGAUAAGAUUUUAUCUACUUAUACAGUUGGGACCACUUAAAAACAAGUGUAACAUUUUAUUAAAGUGUCACAAAAUAUGAAAACACAUAUUUAAUCAUUAGGAAUGAUGAAUGAAUUUUUUAAAACAACGUGCUCUCAUUUUUACUGUUACUUGAACAGUAAAAUGCAUGUCGGGUCCACGCAUGGGCGGCGACCAUCCGAUAUUUACGGACCACAUAUUAUAUUCAUCUUGGUUUAGAUAAUAUUUAUAUGAGGGUGUAAAUAAAUGUUGAGCCAUAAAGUUGGCCUUUCGAUCAAACGAGGUCCCAUUACCGGCAUAGGUAAUUAAACAUAUAACAGCCCGAAAUUUAUUUCAGUGACCACGAAAUUAAAGUGGGAUAAUAUAUAUUCACUCUAGAGGCCAAUAUUAAUUGGAAGAAUGAUAUACAACUUUCGGAGUCGAAUGUGCAUUCGGGGACAUAAAGGGAUGACCUCCCACAUGAGUGGGGGCCAUCCCACGUUUUUGUGCAUCCAAAUGAGCCGUAGAAUCUGCAUAGCAUGGAAGAGAGGGAUGCAUUUGGUCUCAAAUUGAUAGGUUGGGUGAGAGAGUGACAUUUGGUGGACCUCCCCUCACAUUGAUUGGCAAAGGAGACAAAGGAAGUCUCCUCACUCCUCUCUACCCCAUUAUUUCGACCACCAUAUUCAAGGAAGAGAGGAAACCCUCUUCAAAUCAUCAUCCUCCAUUGUUGAAGCAAGCUCAAACCAAGGAAGCUCCAAAUAAGAAGAAAGAGUGGGAAAAGAAGAGAAUAACCUUGAUAUAUUAAAGAAUUUUACCAAGGUAUUCUAAACUUCUCAAGGAACCUAGGAGUGGCCGGAAAGUCGCCGGAGCCGCCGGAGUUUUCGCCGGAAAAUUCAAAGGUCGCCGGAGUUCAAACAAAGGGGAUAAAAACUCGCUAGCGUCAUUUCAAGGUUGAAGCUAGAGCUUACUUCCUGCACCCGUUGCUCGGGAGAUCGAUGGAGAGAAGACGUGGUUCGUGCUUCCUCUGGUUCUAUUUCUAAAUAAUUAAAUAAUGCUCACGGAACUAUUUUGACUUAUAAAUUAAUGGAGCCUGCGAGCUCUUGUUUUACCCUUGUGUGGGUUCUUAUUAAACACUUAUAUUCCGCUAUGUGUUUGAUUGUAUGUUGAUGUUGUUAUGUAUGUUUACUAAUCGGUUUUGGCAUAUGUAUCUAUCGGAUGUCUUGUGCAAUUCGGUAAGGAUGAGCUGCGGUUAUUCUUAUUGGGUUGUACGACGGUUGUCCACGUGGCACAGACGCGGUCUGGGGCGUGACAUUAUGACUUUCCGGCGAUUAUGGAAUUUCCUCCGGUGGUCUCCCCUCCUUGGAAGAUGACAAAAAUAGCUCUGGUCUGAGGGAGUGGUAUUGGUCUGGCAUUUAGUUCGCUGGUUGUGGUUUUCGUAGGAGCCUGAGCAAGAACUCAUAGAUGAUAUUUGAAGGCUAUAGUGAUUUCUGUUGGUGAAAAUGGUUGGUAUCUACGGAAGACAUACUGUAAGGCUCAAUGGGAAGAUGUAAGGCUCAAUGGGAAGAUGAUCUCUCAUUUACUUUAUCCAUUUGGAUUGGGCGUUCUCCUAUGUCAAAGUCAGGUGAAGAUUGCUUUUGUCCCUAUGAAGAUGACAAUGAUGACAUUCAUAAUGAUGAGAAGAGAAAUUGGGUGGAGUUGAACUUGUAAGAAAUCAACUGGAUGACAACAUGAUAUCUAUUAGCCUUUUAAUUUAGAGCAAUAUCACGAUCUCCAAGUUCGAGAAUAUUCCUAGCCUUUUAAGAUAUGCAAACAAUAUCAAACAAUGCCCUGUGAUAUGCAAAACCAUUUAUCAGAAAUCAUAAACCAUUUAGAUGUUUUGGCAUAUAUACCAUUGAGCAUGAUGUGGUAUUGCUUGCAUAUCUUAUUUCAUUACACUUUCAGAAACAAAUUGGAAGAAGUUACAUCUCCGGAUGCAGCUAGGAAUAUUCUCAAUUUAGAGGUUGUGGUAUUGUUCUAUCUCCAGAUGCAGCUAGGAACAAAUGAUGUGUUCAUUACACUCAAGCUCAAACUCACUUUAGCCUUUUACUCAGACAAAGACUAAUCACAUGAUAAUUGUUGAACUUUAGAUAUUUCAAUGUAUAACAUGCCGUACAAAAUUCUGUGUUUUCCUUAAAAAAAAAAUAAACCAAAACCAAGUUUCAUUUGAAUGUAUAAAGCCGGUUUUGCUAGGAUUUAAUGUUCUCUUAUUAAUUGUCUGAUUCCCAUCUUUAAUGUAACCGUAAUUAUUGAACAACUAUUUUCAUGCUUUUGUUUAUGUUUCGGAUGUUGAAUGGUGCUAAACAAGUACAAUGAUGUAACUACAAUACUCUUUUCUGUUUUGAUUUUCAUUUUUUUUUGGCUGC